ACUUUCCUUGUAUUUUUUUUCAGGCGACGCACGUCCCGGCCUCUCUUUAGCGUUUCUUAUUAAGAACCCCAAUUCCAAGAAAGUCGAUCGUUGUAUAUAUAGUACAUAAGCAACUCUCUCCCCGUCGUUCCUCUUGUUAACUAUCUCGGGCCCUCUAUUUUUGUGCACCCUCCUCUCUUCAUUCCUCUCCUCUCUCCCCAAACAACAUUACUGCCACUCAACUACCAUUUGCGCGUCCUGCAGCUUAAGCGAUGGGCAAGGCCGCCACAUGGUACAAGGAAUUUGCUCAGAAUCAUGAAAACAUUAAACAUUCCAUUGCAGGUGCAGGCGCCGGCAUCGUAUCGUCGAUCGUAACAUGUCCACUCGAUGUAGUGAAAACACGAUUGCAGAAUCAGGGUAGGGCGGAACCUGGUGUCAAAGCCUAUCGAGGCACAGUAGGUACGCUGUCAAGAAUAUGGCAUGAAGAAGGCAUCCGUGGCCUAUAUCGCGGUCUGGGACCCACAAUUCUCGGAUAUCUUCCAACAUGGGCUAUCUAUUUCACUGUCUAUGACUAUUGCAAGAACCGGUGGAGCAGAGAAUUUGGUCAUGAUAAAGAAUGGUUGGUCCAUAUCGCUUCGGCCAUGUCAGCAGGAGCUACAUCCAACUGCAUGACAAACCCACUCUGGGUGAUCAAAACUCGACUCAUGACGCAAAACGAACGUACUGCAUACAGGUACAGAAAUACCCUGGAUGCAUUCAUCACGAUUGGUCGACAGGAGGGCAUCCGAGGGUUCUACAAGGGUCUGGGAUCGUCAUUGUUGGGUGUCAGCCAUGUAGCUGUUCAAUUCCCACUUUAUGAGAAGUUAAAAAGCUAUUUACAUGCAGAUACCAAUUCGUCUGGAUCAGCGUCGAUCCUCUUGGCUUCAUCACUUUCGAAAAUGGCGGCCAGCUGUGCAACAUACCCUCACGAGGUGAUACGAACCCGUCUACAAAAUCAAACCCAUAAGCCAUUCAAGUACAAGGGCAUCCUUCAUGCUAUCAAGGUGAUUAUGACAGAGGAAGGCGUCCGUGGAUUCUACAAAGGAAUGCCGACAAAUCUAUUGCGUACCGUCCCAUCCUCUGCAAUGACGAUCCUGACGUACGAGAUUUUGGUGCAAAAAUUGGACGAAAUGAAAAAUCUUUAGGCUAUUUCUGCUGGUUUUUUCCCCUCUCUUUCUUUCUUUAUUCACCCUUCCCGUUAAUUUAAAAAGCUCAUUAUCACUUGCGAGGAACAGAAAAAAAACUGAUUCAGGGGCCAAAAUCUAGGAAAGAAAGAGCAAAAAGACGUCUUUUUUCAUACUCUUCUUUCUUCCUUUCUAUAUUAUGUACAUAUUCUCUCUCCCUCUUAGAAUGUUUUCCCUUUCUUUUAAAAUAUAAUAACAAGAGUUUGCCAUUUCAAUUAUCUUAAUAAAAAUAGAGAUAUGAUUUCGCAUUUCUAUG